AUGCAAAAGACAAAGCAGAGUAAUCAAUUCAGAUUCCAUGAGUAUCAGUUCACUUCGACAAAGGAGGAAGCGUAUCUACGUGCCGAUCGAUCUAUUCUAUCCUUUCAAGGUCGCAACCUAUCACUCAAGAAGAAGGAUGGCACAUUCACUACGCCAGAGGAUCUCGUCGUGAUCGCUUCGCACAACAUCUCCACAUCCGAUCGCAACUCAAUGCUCCAACAUACAAUGUCCACGAUGGCCAUCGGCGGUGGCGGUGGAGGUGGCGGCGGCAACACACACAUAAACAGCACCAGUAGUAACAUGAGCAGUAGCAUGAGCAGUAGCAUGAGCAGCAUGGGUGGCAGUACACAACAUAUAUCAUCAUCGUCAUCAAACAGAGACAGCGGUGCCAACUACUCAAUCAAGGAUAUAGUUCAGUUGCAUAGCAAUCUUAUAAUGGGAUCGGGAAGUGCGGGCGGCAGUCGCGCAAGUGGCACGCUCGCAUCGAUCACCAAGGCGGACGGCGGAAUGAGCAACAGCAACAGCAACAGCAGCAGCGGCGCACCGAGCGCCCAGCUCCACUCCAACCAGCAGCAGCAGAGCAUCGAGUUUGAGUACCAUCUGAGCUUCACGCAACUUGUAACAUUACCACCCUCGCUCUACUCGCUCAUCUGGCUGCAGAAGCUGGUGCUCACGCAUCACAACAUCCGCACGCUCUCCGAGGACAUUGGCAAGCUGCAGAUGCUGCAGGUGCUUAUACUCGACAACAACCGACUGGUGGGACUGCCCUCGGCCAUUGGCAGCCUCGUCAACCUGAAGCGUCUGGAGGCCGACAACAACCAUCUGGUGUCGCUGUGUCCCCUGGAGCGUCUGACCAAGCUUGAGGUGCUCUCUCUCAACAACAACAAGCUGACACAGUUGCCGACGGCGAUCUCAUCGCUGCUCUCGCUCAAGACCCUCAACAUCAAACAGAACCCGAUCAUCACACCACCCACAUCCGUCAUCAGCAAAGGUCUCAAAGACAUCGUCCUCUUCCUUCGCGAGCUAGAGACAGGUGAGCGACCAUGUCUUCGUUCAAAGCUUAUCGUAGUUGGAAACACUGGAGCUGGCAAGUCAUCAGUUAUACAGAGUAUUAGAGGCAAGAAGAAGAAGAGCAGCAGUGGAUCAUCGAUGGAGGGAAUAGAGAUAGAUCAGCACGAGUUUGAUGCAGUGCUGGACGAGGAGGAUAGGAAGCGCAAGACAUUCACCGUCUCAACGUGGGACAUUGCUCGCAAGGAGGUGUACUUUGCCACCAACCAGCUGUUUGUGUCGGAGCGGUCGGUGUACGUACUGGUCUUUGACCUGUCGGGCGGCGACACGCUGGCCGUCAUUGAGUACUGGCUGCACUCGAUCACGUCGGUGGCACCCAAUUCACCUAUUGUGCUCGUUGGCACACAUAUCGACUAUUUCGAGGACAUCAACAAGGUCAAUGGCAUUCUCGAGAGCAUCAGUCGAUCGUUCCAGAAGCAGUUCACCAAGAUCCAGGCCAUCAUAUCAGUGUCGUGCACGACCGGCUACGACGUGGACCGUCUGCGCCAGCUGAUCGAGGACAUUGUCAAGUCGCAACCGAUCCUGCGCACAAAGAUCCCGUCCAGCUUCUUCACGUUUGAGGAGGCGCUGCUCGAGGCCAAGAAGAAGCGCAUCCCGCCCAUCAUGAACUGGCAGGAGUACAUCAACCUGGCGAACAUCUGCAACCUGAAGGACUCGGUCAAGAUACAGCGCGCCACAGAGUUCCUGCACAACAUUGGCUCGAUCAUGUACUUUAACGACCCCAACUCGACCGUGGGCAAGAUGGUCAUCCUGGAUCACCAGUGGAUCAUCAACUGUCUUACCUCGCUGAUCACAGCACGCUCCAUCGCGCUCAAGAACGGUAUCAUCCGCCAGUCGCAUCUGGCCGGCAUUUGGAAGGCGCCAAACUACCCCGAGCAUCUGCACUCCUCGCUGCUGGACAUUAUGCACGCGUUCGAGAUCUCGUUCCCCCUGCCGGCGUCGCAUCACCUCCUAUCCAAGGAGGAGCUAGGCAUCACAUCCUCGGCCAAGGACACCUCGCACUCGGAGGAGGACCCCAAGACCCCGGGUGAGAGCCGCCAUCUUGUCCCCGCGCUACUGCCAGAGAAUGGCAACACAGUGUCACAAUGGGAGGACUUUGACGACCCAGACAUUAUGCGACUCAAUCGCCAAUACCACCUGCCAUUCAUCCCCGAGCGAUUCUUUGGCAAGUUGAUCAUUCGUCUGCUGCAGUUUGUUCGCGUGGAGGCAUGUCUCAAGCACGUGGUCAUCGUGUCCAACAAUCAAGGCCACGAGGCACUCAUUGAGCUCAAGGAGAGCAAGGCCAAUGGCAAGGUGAAGAAGAUACUCACAGUGAACGUGCGUGGUGUCCCCAAGCCCGUUGGACUGCUGCGCAUUGUAACAGAUACGAUCGAAUCACUCUUUUCACAAUGGUACAGACUUGAUAUCAAACGAUAUGUAAGCUGCUUCGAAUGCUCAUUCUUGUAUGAUCAGCGAGCGACGCUGUUCACAAUUGAGGAGUGCGAGGAAGCUAUGAUGGAUGGAAAGUCGAUACUCAACUGUCACAGGAAACAGGACGAGCAUGAUGAGGGCACAACACACAGACUGCCACUCGAGAUGCUCGUCCCAGACAUUGCAAUGGUGGACAUACCUCGCCCACGCUUCGACCUCAAGGACAUCAAGAUCAUCAAGGAGGUGGGCAAGGGAGCAUUUGGCAUCGUCUACGAGGCCGAGUGGAAUGGAGAGAUCGUUGCACUCAAGAAGCUGAUACCGCCAAUUGGCGCGGACAACAUGCAGGAGGACGAGAAGAAGGAGGAUCGUCUGCGAGUGUUUAGGGAGUUCAGCCACGAGGUCUACUCAAUGAGUCGUCUCAGCCACCCCAACGUCAUGAAGAUCUCUGGCUACUGUCUGCAGCCACUGUGCAUGGCGCUCGAGUACGUCAAGCAUGGCAGUCUCUACAACCUGCUGUCAAACAACCUGAUCGAGAUUGGCUGGGGCCUGCGUCUGCAGAUCGCCACCGAGAUCGCCAAGGGCAUGCAUCACAUGCAUUCACACAACCCGCCAAUGAUACAUCGCGACCUCAAGAGUCCCAACAUCCUGAUGCAUGGCUUUGUCGAGGGCAACAACCCCGUCAGCACAAUUAUCGAUUAUGGCACAUCCACCGAGCUGUAUGGUGGUGCCGCGUUGGCACGUUGCGUCGACCAGCCACUAUGGCUGGCGCCCGAGGUCAUGGCUUCCAUGCCCUACUCAGAGCCAUCGGAUGUCUACGCCUUUGGCAUCAUGUUGUGGGAGUUGUACACCCGCGCACAUCCCUACGACGAGUUUGCUUUUGGCCAGUGGAUGUCCAAGCUGGAGGACGAGAUCAUCCUCGGCCUGCGACCCACCAUACCAGCUUCAUGCCCACCAGAGUACGUCGAACUCAUCCAGUCAUGCUGGGCCCACGAGCCCAACUCGCGUCCAACCUUUGCAUCGAUUGUAGAGACACUUGGCAAUCUGAAGAAGAGGUUCGCGCCAGUUUCCUCGACGCUGCCGCCACACAUCAGGAACCAGGUGCGCAAGACGCGCUCACAAUCAUUCUCAGACUGGAGCAGUACCAGCGCGGUCAACCUGCGCAGCGAACCAAUCACCAGCGGCGUCGGAAGCAAUCUCACGCAGUCACGUGACCUGUCAUCCAGCGUAUCAUCCAACCUGCAGAACAACGUCAGCCACGCCAGCUUCCACCACACAGCAAGCUCGUCAUCCAUUUCCUCGGGAGAGCAGAGCGAUGAGCUGCCCAUCACGCACGACGAUAUGCUCACGCUGGGUAUCUUCACAGAGGAAGAGCUCGAGCAGCCGUAUCCAUUUGUCGAGGACGACCAACGCGGCAUCCUGCUUGGCUAUGACGACGCCGAGCACAUGUCUACACCCGUGUCCAUUGUCACGGCCGCCACACUCAACAAGAUGAUCGAGCUAAUGACUAGGAAUGACAGCGGAAUGCUGGUCUCGACCACAUCCCCCACCAAGGCAGACUUCAAGGACUCUGGCGUCGGACGCAAGAGGAGUGACACAGCGGGCAAGGCUUUGCAGCCCAUGCACUGGCCACUGAAGCCAACGAGUAGCAGUGUGCACGUCACACAACUGGACGAGAGCUUCAUCGACGACUUCAUAUACCUGUAUCGAUCAUUCACCACACCCGUCGAGGUGUUCAAGAUCCUGGUCAAGCGCUACUUUGGACCACGCGCUGACAAGGCCGACCCACUCACCAUGCGCAGAUUCGAGCAGCGUCGUGUCGCGAUAAGGAAUGGUGUGGCCAUCUUCAUCAAACGCUGGAGCGUCGACAUCACAACAAUUGAGUUCCAGAGUGAAGACAACUGGCUCCUGACCAAGAUGGACGACUUUGUACAAAUGUGCUAUGCCAAUGAGCCCGGCUUUGUGGCAUCGGUCAGCACCACACUGGACGCACACGAUCCCGAGAAGCUGGAGCAACAAAAGGCCCAGCUGCUAUUGAUCCAACAGGAGGACAACAUGCGAGUGAUUAUGAACGGCCAGCGAAUGAGCCGAUCUCUGACAUCUUCGUCGACCAGCGACUACUCAGAGGCGUCCAAUGCCAGUGUCGGCAGCCAGAUGUCCCAGCUGAGCCAGCUGAGUCAGAUGAGGCGUGCCAGUGUGUCGAUAGCCGCGACCGUCCCUGGCCAGAGCGUCAAGUCCUUCUUGAACCUGGCCAUCGCCAUUCGCGACCCGCUUUACGGUGUGCCCCUGCGCGAGAAGAAGUACAAGGGCAAGAUCGUCACGAGGUGCUUCACUGGUGCCGACGUCGUCGACUGGAUCGUCAAGACCGCGCUCACCUCGAGGGAGGAGGCCGGCAAGCUGGGCAUCGACUUCCUCGCCAAGAACUUCAUCAAUGCGCUCAACGACGAUGGAGUGGUCACGCUGACCAAGGUCGGCAACGAGUCCAAGUUCAUCGAUAGCCAGGUCAUAUUCUACGUGUUCCACGACGACGACGCCGAGUUUGUCGCCAAUCAGUACACAGCACUAGAGCUCAACAUGAUGCAAAAGAUACAUCCCCGAGACCUGCUCGGCUUCAGUGUCGGCCUGGCCACCAGCGACGAUGUCGAUCCCGAGAAGUUUAGACAGCUCAACUUCCCCAACAUCUGCACAUACUUCCAAUGGUUCCAAAAGAUGACGAUGCUCGUCGCCACAGAGAUUGUCAAGCAGCGCGACAUUCGCUCGCGUGCCGAGAUGAUAGAACGCAACAUCAAGAUCGCACUCGAGUAUCUCUCACAGUGGAACUUCAAUGGCAUCAUGCAGAUACUGAGCGCCCUUCACUCUGAGCCUAUCUCAAGAUUGAGUGCAUCAUGGAAUCGCCUGCCCGUCAAGUACUUUGAAUGCUUCAUCGAGCUGAGUCGUAUGAUGUUGCCUGAGGCCAACUACCACCCACUUCGCGUCGUCCUCUCUGGCCUGCCCGUCUCAGUCAUUCAGAACUACCCAACACUGGCGCCCUAUAUGACGCGACAGACCUGUCCGACCAUUCCCUUCCUUGGCGCAUUGAUUGCCGACCUCUCACAGACCAGCACAGAGAACCCAACCUUUGUAUCAAGUGGCGGCGAGAAGAUGGCCAACAUCCUGCGUAUGAAGCGUCUGUCCAAGCUCAUGAAGGCCUUCAAGGACUUCAAGGACCUGCCCAGUUUCUAUCGUCCGCCCCUCAGCACAACACCCCUGCCAUGGUACCAGCAGUAUGCCAGCGAGUUGAAGACAUUCGACUAUCAUCAGAUCAAUCGACUAUCUGAGAUUGAGCGCAGACUGGAAGUGGAGGCCGAGAUCAACGGCACCGCUGGCGACGAUCUCCAGAAGGAAGGCGAUCAAGCAUUGGGCAACUCAGACUCUCUUGGCUAUGGACACGAGGAGCUCACUGAGCGCGAUUGGUCCGUACUGCUGACCAAUGCCACGGUCAUCACCUAUCAUCACGGCGACGUGGUCAUUGAGGAGAACACGAUCAACAGCUACCUCUACCGAAUCAAGACCGGCACGCUGAGCGUCGAGAAGAAGAUGAAUGGCAAGUCAGUCAAGGUUGCUACUAUGGAGGCACCCAAGAUGUUUGGUGAGAUGUCAUUCCUGGGCAACAAGACCACAGCGCGCAUCGUCGUGGUCGAUGGAAAGGCCGACCUCUACGUCAUGGACAUUCCAUUCCUGAACCACCUCUUUGUGUCCCAUCCACGCCUGGGCGCCAAGUUCUACAAGAUUAUGGCCAACCAGUUGGCAGCCAGACUAAAGAAUCUACCAACAUCUAAGCCCGUAGCCACAACGCCCACCUCAUCACCGGUGAUGUCGCCCAUCAAAUCACCAUCGCCAUUGCUAAACUCGUCAUCCAGCUCCACUCCAUCAUCCUCGCCAUCAAUACCACCCAUCAACUUGACUGGCCUCCAGUCCACCUCGCCAACAUCCCCUCGAACCAGCUCGAACUUCUUCACUCGCCUUGAUAAGCGCAGCUCAACGUUCCUCACGCCACGAGGCUCUUCUGAGAAGGAGGGCAGCAACAGGGAUUCGCUUAAGGUCAACAGGACACAGACGAUGGCUCAGCUCAACGAGCCCGGCACAAAGAAGAACGACCAAGAGUUCUGGAGCCGAUUCUCCCUGCACGACGAGAUCGUUAUCAAGGACUACCCUUGCUCAAUGGCGCGCUCCGGCCGAUGCUACAUCUCACAGGGCCACGUCUGCUUCUACUCAAAGUUCUUUGGCUACAAGACCAAGAAGAAGAUCCCCUUCAAGGAGAUGCAGGAUGUGUUCACUGCCAACAACACUGGUCUUGAGAUCACUCGCAUCAAGAAUGGUACACGCGCUUAUCGUCUCAUCUUCCAGAAUCAAAAGGACCAACAGGAUGCACUUCAUCUCAUUUUAAGUCUGUUCCAGUCGUCAAAGGAGUCGACCAGUGCCGAUCAAAUCAAGGAGAAGCUCCAACAGGAGCGCAAGAAGGAGAACAACCUGACGAUGAAGUCCAAGAACCACAACAAGGCCGACCAGCUGACCAAGGAGGAUUGGGAGGUGAUUGGUCGCGAGGGCUCAAAGCUCCUGGUCUACACGAAGGACCAGCCGAUCGUGAAGCAGGGCGACCGCAUUCAGAAGAUCUUCCAGAUCACCAAGGGUGUGUGUCGCAUCGAGAAGAUGGUGCCCAACCCAAGGGAGCCUGGCCAGAUGCAAUCCGUCAUACUGGGAACGAUGAAGCAGGACGACACAUUUGGAGAGAUCACCUACCUUCUCAGUGGCGAGGUGACAGCCAACGUCAUUGCCGACUCUAGCGAGGUCGAGGUGUACGCGAUCGAAGGACAGUUUGUAAAUAUCCUGUUUGACCUGAGCCCUUCCUUGGCGACAAAGUGGUUUAAGUACCUGGCCGUCGCACUCAACAAGACUCUCAUCGAUCGAGAGUCACAACUGUAUAGCAGCACCACAUCAUAG